AUGUCAAGUGAAUGUAUGCCUACACCGAAUGAAGAAGAUUGGAAAAAAAUAGCCGAAGGUUUUCAACAUCGAGCAAAUUUUCCACACUGCCUGGGAGCAGUUGAUGGAAAGCAUAUUCGGAUAACCAAGCCUCCAGGAAGUGCUUCGUUGUACUUUAAUUAUAAACAUUUUUAUUCCAUUGUUUUACUCGCAGUAGCCGAUUCAAAUUACCGUUUUACUUAUAUUCAUGUUGGUUCAUUUGGAAAAGACUCAGAUUCUACCAUUUUUAAGAAUUCUAGUCUAUGGGAUAAAUUACAAAAUAAUUCAUUAAAUAUUCCAAGCCCAAACUUCAUACCCGGUAUUAAUAUUCCUAUUCCUUACGCAUUUGUAGGUGACGAGGCAUUUGGUUUAUCGACAAACGUGCUUAGGCCUUAUGCGGGAAAAUAUUUACAAGAUAUUAAAAGAACUUUUAACUAUAGAUUGUCUCGGGCAAGGCGUUACGUAGAAUGUUCAUUCGGAAUAUUAUCAAAUAAGUGGAGAAUAUUCCAUCGACCAAUUGAUGUUAAUGUGGAGUUUGCAAUUGAUAUUGUAAAAUGUUGUUGUGUGUUACAUAAUUUUGUACGUGAUCGUGAUGGUUUUAAAUUUGACGAUACUUUGACAAUUACAGAGAUGGAAGACCUUGAUUAUGAUGAUAAUUUAUACGCAAAUAGAUCAGUAAAUAGAUAUCGGGACGCUUUAGCUAAUUAUUUUGUUUCUGAAGACGGACAAAUUUCUUGGCAAAAUGAAAAAAUUUAA